AUCAUUAUUACUACAAUACGUUGAGUUGGUCAAGUCUCAGCUUUGCCCCCGAGGACGAAGGAGCCCACGAAGUCCCUCCCCAAAACCCAGACCUCUGUGUGCCGUCGGGUUUGGACUGAAGUCCAGCAUAGUUUGCUUAACGGUCUGCUGCUGGCUUUUUUCAGGAGGUGGGGCUUUUGGCUCAAGGUUUUUCUCAAGACGUUUUUUUUUUUUCCGCUGUUGAAGUUUGAAACAGACUUUGGCUGCUCGACUGACUAGCUACACGUCUGCUCGCUCACCCGCUUGCAAGGAAGGAGCUUUUUAUACGUGUGUGUUUCUACUGGAAAGAAGAGUAAUACUAAGUAAAGAAUUACCGUAAUCCAGCAAGUGGAAGACCAGAGGAAAAGGGUGCAUUUCAACAUGACAGCGAUAGAUUUGGACACGUACAGCCUGUCACUUCUAACAGCCAAAGAAGACAUCCAAAACCCCAGAUCGUCCACUAACUGGGCUCUGUUCACUUACGAUGGAACCAGCAACAAACUCAAACUCUCAGACUCAGGAGCCGGUGGCGCGGCGGAGCUGGCAGGGAAGCUCCACAGCAGUCGGCCGCUCUACGGGUUCUGUCGUGUGGAGGCUCCGGGUUCGGGUCAGCCCCGGCUCGUCAUGAUCAUCUGGGUGGGAGAGGGUGUGGAGGAGCCCAGGAGGACAGUGUGUGCCGGUCACAUCCCAGCCAUCAAGAACUUCUUCAAGGAGGCUCACGUCUUCAUCAACGCGCACAGCCCAGCCGAGGUGACAGUGGAGAACAUCAACAACAUCGUCAGCAAGAUAGCGCCCCCUGCUGACCGGUUGAGGAGGCAGGCCCGCGUGGCCGACACCAAGGAGACAGUGGGCACAAACUACAGGAAGACCAACGCUGCCAUGGAGAUGAGGCGGGUCAACAGGGAAUCCUUCUGGGCAAGAUCUGAGCGCGAGGAGGAGGAGAGGAAGGAGGAAGAGCGACGCCGCGUCCUGGAAGAGAGGAGGCAGUGGGAGAGGGAGCGAGUGCUGCAGGAGAGGAAGGAGGCCGAGGAGAGGGAGCGCAAGCUGAGCGAGAAGGAGAGCCUGCAGGAGGAGCAGAGGAGACUGCAAGCCAAGCUGGAGGCAGAGGCACGGAAAAGAGAAAAAUCCAAGUGGGAGGAGCAGCAGAGGGAGCACGAGGAGGAGAUGAGAGCGCGGUUCCGGCGGAGCGAGUCUAUAGAGAUGGCAGCUGAGGCAGCAGUGCUUGUGUCUCAGCGCUCCAUGAACCCGAGAGAAUUCUUCAGACAGCUCUCCUCCUCUUCCAGGACCCCCACCAGCCCAGGCUCCCCACACUCAGGAAAGCCGUUCCGACGGUACCAGCGCAGUCUCACCGACACUGCCUUCAUAUUCAACAAAUCUGACUCCCCCACCUCUCCCCGCAGCCCCACCCCGGCCUCGCCCCUCUUCCGCCCCACCAGCCCUUUCCGAGCCCACCCUCUGCGCCACACCAGUUCCCCAUCUCCCUCCAGCCCUGGCAGGGCCAAUCCGACCUUCAGUCCCAUCCAUUCCUCACCCCAGGCCCUCUCUCCCCCCGAUAGCCAGCCCCCGACACUCCCCAACUCUCCCUCUGCUCUCCAGACCAGCCCUCACCGCUCUGAGGCCUCCCCUUCCUCUGCCCCCUCUCCUCCUACAGGGGGAAUUGUCUCUGUGCCCAGUGCUGCUGCACCAGUACAGGAUUCCCGCUCCAGACGGAAUGGAUCCGACAUCACAGAACUGGACACAACCUCAAAAGUGGCGACAGACUGCAGAGGGGAAGAAGAGUUCAAGAUUGAGAGGAUCUACAAAGUGGAGAUCGCCUCCAAAGAGCAGGCAGAGCGACCAGCUGAGGUGUACCCAGAGGCAAGGCCCUCGCAAGUGCACACACACCCAGUCCUCACUACAGAAACAGACCUGGGAGUGGAGUCCCAACCGAAACCCGGGAGAGACGCUGGAGUGGAGAACGCUCCCUCGGAGGCAGCGGAACUCGAACCAGAGCUGCCGACGUCCUCUGAAACAGCAGCAGAAACGGAGACAUGCCUUGUAUUGGAGACACAAAGUGAGGCCAUUCCGAGAACGGAGAAUGGAUUCAAGUGGGGCUGUGAAGCUCCGGCAGCCUGUGAAGCAGCCUCCAUAGAGGCAGAAACAAAGGUAGGGGAGCCCUUCGCUCCAGCAGAAGAUGUGCUGAGGAGCGAGGAGAAGGAGACGCACCCAGCAGAGCAGUCAGAGCAGGAGGCUGUUGCUGCUGGCAUUGUGGGCACCGUCUCUCCACUGCAGCUCAGUUCAACAGAAGAAGAUGUGCUGUGGAGCGAGGAGAAGGAGAUGCACCCAGCAGAGCAGACAGAGCGGGAGGCUGUUGCUGCUGGCAUUGUGGGCACCGUCUCUCCACUGCAGCUCAGUUCAACAGAAGAAGAUGUGCUGUGGAGCGAGGAGAAGGAGAUGCACCCAGCAGAGCAGACAGAGCGGGAGGCUGUUGCUGCUGGCAUUGUGGGCACCGUCUCUCCACUGCAGCUCAGUUCAACAGAUAAAGAUGGCAUGAUAGAAACAGAGGAAGAAGAAGCACAGAAGGAGCUGACAAGUGAGAUGAGUCUGGUAGAGGAGGACGAUGGAGAGACAGAGGAGGAGGAGGGAGAGAGAGAGUCAUCUGUAGAACACAAUGGCACAGCAGAACUGAACCACCAGAUGGAAGAGCACAGUCCCCAAAAUGCACCAAAGCAGGUCUCUGUGUCAGCUCAUUGCAGAGCAGUUCAUGCUGGGAUUGAAGUUGACCACACAACCAAAGAGCAGGAAGAGAGGAGUGAGAGGGUGAAUGGAAAGGAACAUUCCAAGGAGCCAGAGAGAGAGAUGUCUGUGCGGGCACUGUAUCACUAUCAGGCUGAAGAUGACUCUGAGCUGUCAUUUGAACCUGGUGACAUCAUCAGUGCUGUGGAGAUGGUGGACCAGGGGUGGUGGCGUGGCUGCAGCGAAGACGGCCAGCAGGGUCUCUUUCCAUCCAGCUAUGUGGAAACCCUGUAGAAAAGGACAGGGGAUUGGGGGAGGGGGUCACAUUUCAAAGCUGCCCAGACAAAAAGGGCUUCUAUUGAGCCUGUACACUGCCCCCUUGUGGAACUUGUGGUUAUUGCAGGUGGUACACAGAACACAGCUCUUUCUGAAGCCCUGUGCUGGUUGUUAGUGGUUUCAGUGGCUUACCAAUGUGUGUAAUUCAAUGUUUUUUUUUUUAAAUCUGCUUUGCUUAUAAAGUCUUAAAGCUAUCAUACGAUCAUUAUCAAUUGGAUACUAUCUUCACCUGAAAGCAGACAUUGUUGACUGUUUUUUUUCUCAGCAUUCUCCUUAUAUAGUUGUAUUUGUGCAGGACACAGCCCUCUUUCCCACUUUAACCCUAGCUUGCCCCUAAGUCUCUCUCUGAUCACCAGACUUUCUGCUGCUGCUACUUGCAGAAGCAGGAGGUUAUUCAGUGAAUUAUGUAAUUUUGUUUUCGUCUAUUAUGUGUUGGUACAGUUGAGAGGAAAAGUGAAUGCCAGCAUUCCUAGCAGUAGAAAAGCUAUUACAGUUAAUUACCCCUCACAUUCUAAGGAUGUGCUGUUGUUGCGUGCAAGCUUUUAAUUAAAAGUAAUAACAGCUUAUCUUUCAAGGCAUGUCAUUUUUGCGCCAGAGUGUAGUUUUAGUAGUAAACCUUGCUUUUAACAAUUUUAAGUAAACAGCAGACUAGAACUGUUUGAAUUCAAUGUUUUUGUUUUCGAUUUCUGCUUUUUCCAUUGCAGGUAUUAUAUGAUGGACCUGUCAUUACUUACUAAGUGCUCACAGAAAAUAUAAAAAAAGUGGGGAGUGCACCGGCUAGUGCUGAGGUUAUAUAUUGAACUUUUUUGAUUUUUUUUUUGUAUGCAUCCUCAAUUUAAGCACAUUUUUUAUCUUUUUAAGUUUGCUUUUAAUAUUAACUCUGUGUCUUUCACAGGUUUGCUGCAAAGCGUUAUUUGAUUUUUUAUUUUAAGUAUGUAUGUAUGUACUGCACUGAACUCAUUCCAAUUGCAUGAUCUAACUGUGUUUCUAUGUAUUCUGUGAUGAAUUAAGAGUUUGGAAAUGUAGGGUGGACUGCAAUGGAGACUGGGGUCCUCUGUUCUUCCAUUUAGCUGGCAACCCCCACCCCCUACAGGUACCCUUAACUCUGCCAGGGAGAAACCCUUGGAAAGAGUGGGAGUGUAAUCCAGUCUCCAGGCCCUGUCCUUGGCCUUUCUUUGAAACUGUCAGCCAAAGUGCCCAUGGGUUACCAGUUUGUGACAGUGGAUUUCUGAUGAGGACACCAGACCAGGAGCUUGUGUCGCAAUCUGAAUCUACCCCCAGGGGCUGAUUUGGGCCAGAUCGCACCAGAGGCAGUUUGCAAACGAUGAAUUGUAGGGGGAAGAAAAUGCUUCUCUGUUUCAUGAAUUAAAUGAAAAAGUUUACUUUAACAAUAUAUUUUAAGAUGCACCAUCUAGGAGGAAGAAAAAUACUAGCUUUUUUACACCCGAAUGGCAUACCCCCCAGAAAGUAGCGCUCUUAACAACAGCACUGUCGUGACUUCUGCUCCUCAGAUUAGUUGCUCCGCUGCUGGUAUUGUUCAAGCCUGAAGAUGAUGUUAAAAUAUGGCAGGCAAAGAUGAGCAUGCAGCUCCCAACACCAGCAGUAAGGCAUGAAACCCACAAGCAGAUGAGAACUUGAAGCAUAUAUGGAAGCUGCUAUAAAUCAAGGUCACGUUAGGUCUACAAACAAAUAAGCCAUCCCGCUUCCUUAAUCAGAAGAUCCCGUGCCCUUUUGUGUCUGGAAUUUAAAGGGUUAACAGCUACUGCUUAUAAAAACUAUAUGAACAUCAUUUAGAUAUUUUAUUUAACAUCAUGUUUUCAAAGAAACUACAAAAUGUUAUUGCAAAAGUCUACCGGAAGCCAUAAUAGUAGUACAGUAUUUCAUGUUACAUUUCAAAAUGUCACAUUUUAUAAUUUUUGUCCAUUUUUCAUUAAGUAUAUGGAAAACUACAAAGCGGUAUUCAGCAGGUUUCAUUCGAAUUUAUGAAGCAAAAUGAGUUAAUUCUAUUAGAUAACACUAUUGCUACUGUUGUUUAUAAAAAGAAUGUUCACUGUAAAUGUUUUUAUUAUUAAUGUAAUAUAUUCUUUCUCUUUGUUUUAUUCUGGUUUUCCUCGUUGUCACGUCUGUCCACGCAUGGUUGCUGUUGCUCUCUGAUCACAUCGACAACAGUAUUGUCUUAGGAAUUGCAUGUUUUUGUAAGAAACUGUACAACCAUUUCAUAGCUAUUGAACUUGCUUGCAAGGGGGCUUCUUUCUACAUGGAGCUAAUUGCAACGGAAAUAAAUAUAUUUUCAAGCUAA